GUCGAAUAUUAUACUACAAUAUUAUACGAUUUUACGUCAAUUAAGAUAAUUACCAUCAAGGAUUUCAUUAAAUUUUAACUAAAUAAAUUGCAGACAUUGUUAUGAUGUCGUUUCUUUCUUCAUCAAGUGAUGACUUAAGUCAGUCACCAAGGAAGUACUAUUUAGAUAGGCAACACGAGACAAUUGACACCAAUAACCAUGAGAAUCAUGAUAGUUCCAAGGAUAGUAGAGACGGGUUGUUGUUGGACAUGUGGCGCACGUGCCCGGUGGCCAUUAUCCGAUCCAAUCCAGUAAUGCGCAUUAUUUAUGAUAGGGGCUUCGUAUCUGGAUUUUUCAGGCACAACUCGGAGCAGUCUACAGUGACGUCAGUGGUUACACCACCAACAGAAUCAACGAAAGCUACGGCAGAAGUAAUAUCUUCGAGCGCCAAGUUUGCAUCACCGUCAGAUGCGGAAGUGGUAACCAACUUAGUAACCGAUUUGACGGACGGGUCCGCCUUGGACAACGCUAUUGAAUCCGCCUUGGACAACGCAGUAGAGAUCGCGGAAGCCUCGAAGACGGUUGCCUUCAUGGCCCAAACUAUAUUUCAUCAUAAUAAUAAACAACCGUAA